AUGACUCUGGGAUCCUACCUCCCCCAGACCUUGCUGACGUCUAUCCCCUCUACCUUCCACCCCGAUCGCAAACCCCGACGCGCUUUCCCAUCGACCGCUAAAGUCCAUCUUUCCACACGCUCCAUCCCCUAUCCCGACUCCCCCGGCACCCCGGACUAUUGGGUAUGUCGGCAGAGCGUGCACGAAGACGCACCCGUGGCCGGGUCCGCCUCAUGGGAGGAGUUCCGCUCCGGACUCCGGGAGGAUCAUUCCGAGCAUGAGAAGGAGUACACGCCGAGUGUGACCGCCGUGGAGCGGUUGCUGGACUGGCCAUCCGAAACAGACGUAGGUGGUGGGUGGACGAGAGUAGAUGUACAUGUAAAUUUGAUCACACACACCUUUCAUCCUACGGCAUUGAUCGCGCCUCGCUCGUUCAUUGUCCUGGUUUUGUCGGCGGACCGGGGCCGCGAUGGUGGAUUUGUCACCAUUCAGAUCCCACUGGCGGCGGAUUCGAGCCCGGAGCCGAUCCGGCAAAAGAUUACGGCGUCAGCGCCGCAGAAUGCCAUCUUUGCGUCCUAUGCCAGUGUGGAAGAGGUGGUCGCUGGGUCCGAGGGGCUGCAAUGGACUAUGGCGACCACCUCGGAUGCUGGCGGGGCGAUUCCUCGGUGGAUACAGCGGAGCUGGACCAUGGGCGGAGUCCCCAAAGCCGUCGUGGCCGACGUGGGCUUGUUUCUUGGGUGGACCGCCCGCCGAAGGGCCUAG